UUCCAUUCAUGCAAAAGAGUUGACCAAUCAUGGAGCGAGCCGCUUCUUCCAGCAGUAGGAGGAGCUACCCUCAAGCAGACGUGGCAGCCCGACACGUCAUCAAAGUGAGACUGAUUGUUCAUGGAAUAUCGAGCCGACCCAGCUAGCGGUUAGAUUACGUGGACGUUGAAGGCCAAUGAGAUGAUGGAAGAGAGCGGGAUUGAGACUACACCUCCAACAAGCCCGACACCACUAAUAAAUGCAGCUGUUUCAAGCAGCCCUCCACCAAUCAACAUGGCUCCAUCAAGCCAUCCUUUCACUGUAGGCACCAGCUCAGUGUCCAUUAAUUCCCCCUCAACCAGUGCUCCACUCGCUCCGGCUUUUACCAGUCCCAUGACUCCGCCAUCCAUCUUUCCUCCUCCUUCUUCAGUUGCCACCCCCUUCAGCACCAAUGUUUCUAUCUCGGGUCCUCCCCUGCCCUCUUCCACUGGACCACCUCCUUUUCCUUCUAGUGCACCGCCAGUUGGGCCUCCUAUUUCCAGUUUUUCCAUGAGCGCAGGAUAUGACAUCACUCGGGGUCAUGCGGGUCGAACACCGCAAACACCGCUGAUGCCAUCUUUUUCUAGCCCGACCGCUAUUCCGGGUGUGGUGUCGAACCCUAUGGUUCAGCAACCUGCUAUGACUGGAGGUUUAGAUGCCAGAUCCCCGAUCACGUUCCCUGAGGAGCAGGAAGAUCCCAGAGUAUUCUCAGACCAGGCUGGUGGAGGAAUAUGGGGAUUUUUUAAGGGCGUCGCUGGGAACCCAGUUGUUAAAACAGUCUUGGAUAAGACCAAGCAUUCAGUAGAGUCAAUGAUUACCACUCUAGAUCCUGGCAUGGCUCCGUAUAUCAAAUCUGGAGGGGACAUUGACAUUGUGGUGACAUCAGAUAAAGAGAUGAAUGUUGACGCAGUACGAGAUGCUUUUCAGGAGGUAUUCGGAAUGGCCAUGGUUACGGGGGAGAUUGGUCAGUCCAACAUUGCACCACAGCCUGUUGGCUAUGCAGCGGGCCUUAAGGGGGCUCAGGAGCGCAUUGAUAGCUUGCGAAGAUCGGGUGUGAUCCACGAGAAGCAGCCAGUGGUCUCAAUGGAAAAAUUUAUUGCUGAGCUCUUUCCUGAGAAGUGGUUUGACAUAGGCUGUUUGAUCCUAGAGGACCCUGUUCAUAACACCAAAGUGGAGGUCUUCACCCAGGCAACGCCAGUGGCACUAGAAUAUGUCCAACAGGCUCAGUCCCUAACCCCACCCGACUAUAGCCUUCGUUGGUCCGGUCUUAUGGUUACAAUAGGUGAAGUCCUAGAACGCAGCCUGCCCAACACCAAUAGGACGGAAUGGCUUCAAGCUAUGACGGGGAUGACACAACGACAGAUGAUCUACAGUGCUGCCAAAGCAUUGGCUGGAAUCUACAAACAGAGGAUGCCACCCAGGACUGAAUGAGGCUCUACUCAUUUUUGUGGCUGGAAAUAUUUGGAGACGUUUUGAAAGAGUAGCAAAACUGGCAUUGGUCAGUCAGAUCACUCAUAACUCCAACCGCAGUGGAAAAAAAAACAAGAAUUAACAUUCCAAUUAUCAUCGGGAUUUUGCUGUUGCAUAUCAUGUAAAAAAAAAAACAUGUUUUUGAUGUCCUGACUAUGUUAUUCCUGAGACAACUCUUUUUCAAUACGACAAGAGUAAGCUAAGCCUUCCACAUGAUUCAGUCCGCUAGUAGCAAAUAGAACACUGAAACUGAGACCUGAAUCUUUGUGGCCAAAAAUGUCAAGAGCCUUAAUGCCUUAAAACAUUAUAUGAAGGAUCAUCUCUGACACAUGUAAGAAUAAAAUGAAUACA